AUGUUGAUUUUCACCGAUAUCAUCACCGACGACGAGUUGAUCUCUGAUGCUUUCGACGUUAAAGAGAUCAACGACAUCGCUUUCGAAGUCGACUGUAACAUGAUCAUCAUCAAAGAGGGAGAAGUUGAUAUCGGUGGUAACCCUUCCGCUGAAGAGGCUGAGGAGGCUCUUGAGGCCGGUGCUUCACAAGUCAACAACGUCGUUCACUCUUUCCGACUUCAAUCCACUCAAUUUGACAAAAAAUCUUACCUCACCUACCUUAAAGGUUACAUGAAAUCCGUCAAGACCAAACUCCAGGAGACCAACCCCGAGCGAGUCCCUGCUUUCGAAAAAGGUGCGCAAGACUUCGCCAAGAAAAUUGUUGGCAACUUCAAAGACUACGAAUUCUACGUUGGUGAAAGCAUGAACCCCGACGGUAUGGUCGCCUUACUCAACUACCGAGAGGAUGGAACCACCCCUUACUUCACCUUCUGGAAAGAUGGUCUCAGACAAGUCAAAAUCUAA